GUCUUGUUGGCCUUUGAAAAGGGGUGUAUUGGUGAGAAGUGGAGAAGUUUAACAUGAAAGAAGCAAAAUGCCAGUCCUGAGGUUCAGGACCUCAUCAUGGGCCUUUCUGGUGGGAUUCCCAAUCUUUUUGAUACCAGCAAUCCCAAGUUCCUUGUCCUCAAAUCCAGGCAGCCCACUCACGGACAAUGAAUAUAAGGUUUUUUUCUCUUCCUUGAGACCCACAUGGAAGGCAAACCUGGUGUGUCAGAUCCGCCGUAACAAAGGUUGCCAUGAUCCUAAAAUAAUAGAACUGGAUCAAUUUGAGAAUCAUGGCCAGAUCCCAGAGGGUCCUGUUUGUGCUGAACUUCCCCAAAGCCCACAUUUUGAGACUUUUUGUAUUUUUGCACAGUUUCGAUGCUUAAACCAGAAGUUCUACACCAAACGGAUCCUGUGUCCUAAGCUGCCACUCCUUGAAGAGACUGACGUUCUCCCUACAGCUCCAAGUGAGAAUCAUGCCUUAACCCCUACUGAGAUUUCUCCACUAACCCUUGAAGACCGCCUCCGCUCCAAUAUUGACUCCAUUUUGAAAUACUCCUUUGCAGUCUCAGGACAGGAGCCCCUGAUGAAGAAAGAUUUCCAUGUUCCACACAGUAAUCUGGAAGCCCAACAGCUCCCUGAAUGGUCAACUGGCUUAGAUAAUGAGAUGAGUACCUUUCCUCCUGAAACAUUCACCUUAUUUAUCAAAAAUGAUGAAACCACAGAAGAGAUCACAAACCAGCAUCUCUUUAAAGACAUCCACCAUCUGAUUGGUGAAGCAUUGUCAUUGGAAAAGAACCUGAAGGAAAAGAGCAUGAAGGAUAAAAAUCUAGGUCUGAAUAGUGAAAAAGACAUCUCAGGAAGUCUUUUAGCUAUUGACAAGGAUGAAGCUCUGGUGAUUCUCUGCUAUGCAGUGCUUCAGGACAUUUGCAUAUCCUCAGCUAUUAGCAGGGCCUGGAAAGAAAUAGAAAGAAAAAACUUUGGCUCUGAGGAUUUGGUGUGCGAUAAUCUUGGCCGGCAUCAUGCAGAUCUGUGUGCUGAAUGUGCAUUCUGCUCUCUAAAAACAGAGCAGUGUCAAGGGGCCUCCAAUCUGAAACGCACCCACUGCAGUGAUGGCAUCUUCACAAACUACAUUAACCCUGGGAUUCUGGCUCAGCAUCGGGCUAGGAGCCUCGAGAGCUCCCCAAACACACAAGAAUUUUAUGGGUUUGAAACUUAUGGCGGCAUGCGGACAGAGUACUGGUGUGGUCGCUUGGCGGCUCAUGGCUGUGAUGAUUAUCGUGUAGCUUUUUGGCUGCAGUCAGAAUAUUCUUUCUUUCAUGGCGGAGAUUUCCCAGAAAAGAUUUGUGACUCAACAGGAGUUCAACAUCCAACUUAUUGUGCAUUCAAGAGCAAUCAGUGCACGGAAUACACCAUCCAAAACAAGAAGGUAUUGCGGAUUGGCUGCCUAAAAGAUCAGAUGUAUCGUGAGCUAAGCAGAGAGGAAGGAGAAGUUGAAGUACUGCUCUGGAGCCAGAAAUUCUUGAAUUUUACCGAAGGGUGAAUGAAAAAACCAGAAUGAAGUAAUUUGAACAAAAAGGAAAAGGGCCAAAAGAGAUUUAGGCACAAAUGUAGCCACUGUUUUAUGACUCUCAAUUUAAAGAUGUUUAAAUAUAUAGUCUCUGUAUUAAAGUACUACAGUGGUACCC